UGGGACCGUGCCCUGGGCACAAGUGGGCACUUGCCCCAGCCCCACCUGUGCCCGGGGCUGUGGCCCUUCCCCACAGGGAGCUCACCAUGGCCCCGCCACUCCUAUUGCUGCUGCUGGCCAGUGGAGCCGCCGCUUGCCCGCUGCCCUGCGUGUGCCAGAACCUGUCCGAGUCGCUCAGCACUCUUUGUGCCCACCGAGGCCUGCUGUUUGUGCCACCCAACGUGGACCGGCGCACAGUUGAACUGCGCCUGGCUGACAACUUCAUCCAGGCCCUGGGACCACCUGACUUCCGCAACAUGACAGGGCUGGUGGACCUGACGUUGUCACGAAACGCCAUCACCCGCAUUGGGGCCCGCUCCUUUGGAGACCUGGAGAGUCUGCGUUCCUUGCAUCUGGAUGGCAACAGGCUGGUGGAGCUGGGCAGCAGCAGCCUACGGGGGCCUGUCAACCUGCAGCACCUCAUUCUCAGUGGCAACCAGCUGGGCCGCAUUGCGCCAGGGGCCUUUGAUGACUUCCUCGACAGUCUCGAGGACCUGGAUGUGUCCUAUAACAACCUCCGGCAGGUUCCCUGGGCUGGCAUAGGUGCCAUGCCUGCCCUGCAUACCCUUAACCUGGACCAUAACCUCAUCGAUGCACUACCCCCGGGUGUCUUUGCCCAGCUUAGCCAGCUCUCCCGCCUUGACCUCACCUCCAACCGCCUGGCCACACUGGCACCUGACCCACUCUUCUCCCGAGGGCGGGAUGCGGAGGCCUCCCCCUCCCCGCUGGUGCUGAGCUUCAGCGGGAAUCCACUGCACUGUAACUGUGAGCUGCUGUGGCUGAGGCGGCUGGCCCGGCCUGAUGACCUGGAAACCUGCGCUUCACCACCAGCCUUGGCGGGACGCUACUUCUGGGCAGUGCCUGAGGGAGAGUUCUCCUGCGAGCCUCCGCUGAUUGCCCGUCACACACAGCGCCUGUGGGUGCUAGAGGGCCAGCGGGCUACUCUGCGGUGCAGGGCCCUUGGUGACCCUGUGCCCACCAUGCACUGGGUUGGCCCUGAUGACCGGCUGGUUGGCAACUCUUCACGAGCCUGGGCUUUCCCCAAUGGCACCCUAGAGAUUGGGGUGACAGGCGCUGGAGAUGCAGGGGCCUAUACCUGCAUUGCCACCAACCCUGCCGGUGAGGCCACAGCCCGAGUGGAGCUCCGGGUGUUGGCCUUGCCCCAUGGUGGGAACACCAGUGCUGAGGGGGGCCGUCCUGGGCCCUCGGACAUUGCUGCUUCUGCUAGAACUGCUGCCGAAGGCGAGGGGACUUUAGAGUCUGAGCCAGUUGUGCAAGUGACGGAGGUGACUGCCACCUCUGGCCUGGUGAGCUGGGGCCCGGGGCGGCCAUCUGACCCCGUGUGGAUGUUCCAAAUCCAGUACAACAGCAGCGAGGACGAGACCCUCAUCUACCGGAUCGUACCGGCCUCCAGUCACCACUUCCUGCUGAAGCACCUGGUUCCUGGUGCUGACUACGACCUCUGCCUGCUGGCCCUGUCACCUGCUGCCGGGCCUUCCGACCUCACGGCCACCAGACUGCUGGGCUGUGCCCACUUCUCCACGCUACCAGCCACACCCCUGUGCCAUGCCCUACAGGCCCAUGUGCUGGGCGGGACCCUGACUGUGGCAGUAGGUGGGGUCCUAGUGGCCGCCUUACUGGUCUUCACUGUGGCCUUGCUGGUUCGGGGCCGGGGAGCUGGGAAUGGCCGCCUGCCACUCAAACUUAGCCAUGUCCAAUCCCAGACCAAUGGUGGCACCAGCCCCAUGCCCAAGAGCCACCCACCACGGAGCCCUCCACCCCGUCCCCAGCGCAGCUGUUCCCUGGACCUGGGAGACACUGGUGGGUGCUACGGGUAUGCCAGGCGCCUGGGAGGAGCCUGGGCCCGGCGGAGUCACUCUGUACAUGGGGGGCUGCUGGGAGCUGGGUGCCGGGGUCUGGGGGGCAGUACAGAGCGGCUGGAGGAGAGUGUGGUGUGACAGGAGGGCAGCCUCUUCGUGCCCUGAGGAAGGAGCAGUGCCACUGCUGGGCCCAGGUGGCAGCACCCAGCCUGGGUGGGCAGCACGGUCCUGGGCCCCACUCUGCUUUUUAUCCUCAGUACCUCAGGCUCCCCAAGUACUUGGUGGGACAGCAAGCCCUUUCCUUGGUUUUGGCCUCCAGACUAAAGGGACAGGUCCCACCAACAGGUGCUCAGAGCCACCAAGGCAGGGGCUGCAGCCACCAAGAGGGAGUCUUGUUUCUAUUUAUAAUAAAAUUGUUGGGGACACUUCA